CAAAACCCUCAAAUGCCCUUACAACGUUGAUGCGCAGUGUUUGCAGCACAAAUCCUUACUCGAUUGCGGCACUGUCAAUAUGGAGCCUGCAAUAUCUUCUCCUGUAAAGGAGCAUCGUCGCAACAGAUCCGCUGUGCUAAAGUCUAUGGUGUCGAAGGCCAGCAAGCGAGACGAUAAGGGUUCUACAACACACCUACCCGCACAGCUUGGUACGAACAUGCCAUUCUUACCCCCAGAUCAUCCUCAUGCCCAGCAGAAGGUGCUGGGCGAGAUUGAAUCGAAUCACAACACCGCUCAGCCACGGCGACCUGCGUCGGGCGAGGAUAGAUCAUUCAAAGGCCUACACAAACGCACGAAGAGUGCCGUCUCACUCAGAUCUUUGGGGAAGUCAAAGGACGAGAAAACGAAAGAGGGAACGGACACGCCAAAGUCUACGACUCGGAGAAAAGAAAAAGGUGGCGAGCAGUCGCCCGGAAAGAAGUCCUCCACCGGCUUAACAUCCAUGUUCAAAGGCAGAUCCUCGAGGGAGACUGAACAAGAAACCUGUCACAGCGACAAGGAGAACUCGACACCUCCGAAGAAGCAAAUUCAGCCUGCGAUUCACACACCCAUCUACGCCGCCUACGCUACAACGCAACAUCAAGAAGCCACUAGCACGACAACGGUCCCCCUCAACGAUAGAGAGAAAAAAAGAGCAAUUAUCGAAGAGAUUGCUCUGUACGACCCCAAUCCGCAGAGGAUGGUAGAAUCACACCAGCGUAACUUCUACGGCUAUGACGCAAAGGUGGCCAACCCUAUUCGUCCCAAGUCAGAGGUCAUCUCUGAUCACGCGUUGGGCCGCUUCUUAGCAGAACCUGCCGCGCGGAAGCCUAGCAAUGGGCGACGUCCCAUGUCCUACAUCGAUGGAGGGGAAUCCAGGAAGCAGCAGCAGGAUAUGGUCAAGAGAUCUGCUUCGAGGAGCCAUGAGAUUGCUGAUCAAAAGAGCGGAACACAAGAACACGAAGCCUCAAGUGGAUCGAGAGUGCGGGAAGCUGUUGCUCGCAUUAACAGACGGACGGUGAAGACCCGUGAUGAGCAACCCGUCGACCCGGAACAGUUUGCUGCGAGUUUCGAUGCUAUGCUGGAAGCGCGAAAUAUUCCGGACCUUGUGCGUCAACAAAUGCGCGAACUAGAUCAACACGUCAAACAAGCGUUGCUACGGUCUUACGAGCAGGACCUUGAAGCUUCAAGAGGGCACUCGUCAAGCUCAGAAAGAUCAUUCCACUCAGACACGGCAGGUGUAUGCCAACAGGUAACCCCGAUCGAGGAAACUGCUUCCAAUACGUCGUCCUUGUCGAAGAAGGACGAAGAUGCAAAGUCCGAAUCGAAGAAGUCCAGACCGCGUAGUCGAACGUUUACAUUCAAGAAGAACGACAAGACUAACUCUGCAACGUCGCCAACCAAGAAACAGAGAACAGACUCAUCUCUUGAUAUGAAACACACAUCGCAACCGAACUUGGCCUCACCUACAUUGCUAUCCACAUCGCCGGCAGCGCCAUCCGGCUCGUACUUUGCGAACUUUGUGAAGAAGAAUGUAGCUGAGGACUACGUUAAGUACUUGCAGAAGCACCCUGAUCCGCAGGAUGCUGAAGUGGGCAAGCUGCACAAACUAAGGCAGCUGCUUCGCAACGAGACUGUGGCGUGGGUAAACAAGUUCAUCGAGCUAGGUGGCAUGUCCAGCCUGGUCGAUCUCAUCCAUCGGCUUAUGGAGAUUGAAUGGAGGGAGGAGAGAGAUGAUCAGCUCUUAAAUGAAGCGCUUUUGUGCUUAAAGGCACUCUGCACAACUGACCUUGCACUGCAAAAGCUGUGUGAGAUUGAGAGCACGCUUUUCCCUGCCUUGCUCGCUAUGCUGUUCGACAAGGAACAUCGUGGCCCAAGUGAAUUUACUACGCGUCAGAUCGUAUUCAAUAUUCUCCUGGCUCAUCUCGAGGCUGCCGUUCGGACGCCAGAUAUUCUUCCUUCCCGUGCUAGGACGAUACUGUCGUACCUUGCGGACCAAACCCAUCCCGACAAGCGCAAUCCUCUGCCUUUCGACCUAGAAGUUGGGCCAAGGCGACCAUACAAGAUCUGGAACCGUGAAGUCUCCAAUGUAACUAAGGAGGUGUUUUGGGUCUGGCUGCACCCACUGAACCUGAUACCAUACCCGCAUGUCGACGUUCAGGUGGAAUCGACGGGCUGCUUGACACCUGACCAACAUCCAACGGUCCGCAAGUGCCCACCGCCACGCGAACUGUCCUCUGAGUCAUACACUCGCGAGUUCUUCCCGCGUCCGCGUCCACCCGUCCCUGCAGCGCCCUAUAUUGGCGGCGUUGAAUGGGAUGCGACAAACUAUCUCGCCACUCAUAUCGACCUCCUCAAUGGCCUCAUCGCGUCUUUGCCUACGCGUGAAGAACGCAAUACUCUUCGUGAGGAACUUCGUGCCUCAGGAUUUGAGCGCACGAUGGGUGAGAAACUAAGACAGUGUAAGGAGAAGUACUACGGCGCGGUACACGAUGUCUUGCGAACAUGGGUGGCGGCGGCUGUGUGCGACGGCUGGGACGUUAAGGAGGUGAGACAGGGACCGCCUAAAGAAGAGACGAGCCCACGAAAGACAAGUCCAAGAAAGAGUCCUGCCAAAAAGAUGGAGCGACCGCCACAGCUCGAGGCGCCGCCAAAGUUGAACUUGGACAUUGAUCUGACAAGGGGAGGCGAAAAGGCCGCUGAUGGUAAGGACGCUGUUGAUGCGUGGCUCUGAUGCCUCGGCCUCCCAGCCGAGUGGCUUUCUCUUGCGUCUACUGAGCUGACAAAGUAUCUCGCUUCCCACCAGAUUUCUGGAGAGCAUUGGGGUGGUGAAGCUGCCACCAUCAUCUUUGAACUUACGGACCGUCGGCGGCAUCGGUUGGAGUUUUUUCGGUUGUAGAUUCAUUUCUUCCCUUCUCCAUUUCUUCCUUGUUUGAUCAUUAGCUUCCCUUUGAGAAUAUUUCUUCGAGCUUCGUCACGGGACUUUAUAAAUUGCAUAGUAACACGACUUGACGAGAGUAAUGACAAAGGAUUAUUGGCUAGCA